AAAACCGGAACAAACGAAAGCAAAAAAAGUGGAGCAGCUGCAAGGUGUUUUCUUAGAAUAGUUACAGAACUGAGCGUUGCGUUUAUCAGACAGCGUUAUUGAACGGAAGCUGCUCAUCUGGAACGCAGCUGGAAGCAGAAAUGAGGCUGAGCGCGAAAGAUAGAAAUUAACCAAACAACAGUACAUAUAUUUUUAUUUUUGUUUUUAACGAAUGUUUUCUUUGUAUUUCGUCGGACGGUUUUUAUUCGGGGUUUGUUUACUCUAAGUUCCAAUGAGCGGCUCGUGUUCCGUCGGUAGCCGGAGGAGAGGCGGCGGGGCCGGGGGGCUGCUGCUGCCGCUGCUCGGCGCCUGUCUGUGGGCUGCCGCGCUCGGAUACAAGCCGGUGAUCAUCGUGCACGGCUUGUUCGACAGCUCAGGGAAUUUUGUAAACUUGCAACGAUUCAUCAAUGAGUCGCAUCCAGGAACAAAUGUGACCAUCAUCGACCUGUUUGACAGAAGCGCCAGCCUGCAGCCCAUGUGGAAACAGGUGGAGGGCUUCAAGGCAGCUAUUUACCCGAUAAUGCAAAACGCAGCGGACGGGGUGCACUUUAUCUGCUACUCUCAAGGCGGGCUGGUCUGCAGAGGGAUCCUCUCCACCCUGUCUGAACACAAAGUCCACUCCUUCAUCUCUCUGUCCUCGCCUCAGGCCGGGCAGUAUGGAGACACAGACUACUUGAAGUACCUCUUCCCUCAGUUUGUCAAGUCGAACCUCUUCCACCUUUGUUACACGGCAUUCGGUCAGAGGAUAUCCAUCUGCAACUACUGGAAUGACCCCCACCACAGAGACCUGUACCUGAACAGCAGUGACUAUCUGGCUUUGCUCAACAGCGAGAGGCCGAAUCCAAACUCAACAGAGUGGAAGAUGAACUUCCUGAAGAUCCAGAAGCUGGUGCUGAUCGGAGGGCCAGACGACGGGGUCAUCACUCCAUGGCAGUCCAGCCAGUUUGGAUUUUACGACGACAACGAGACGGUUGUUGAGAUCCAGCACCAAGAUGUGUAUUUAAGAGACCUGUUUGGCCUGAAGACGCUGGCGGCUCGUGGGGAUCUGAUCCUCUGCACCGUUCCCGGCAUCCAACACGUCUGGUGGCAUUCAAACGAGACCGUGUUCCACCUGUGCAUGGAGAAGUGGCUGGUGUAGAACAAAGCAGGCCCAAACGCACACGUUUUAGUAAGCUAUUCUCUCCAGUUAUGUAGAAAUCACCAGCUCGCAUUCUCUCAGUCUCCCCACAAACAUCUGCGAGCGACAUCUGGAGAUGGUAGUUUCAUUUGCUUUGGGAUCCCUGAUCUAAGACACUGAUCUAAGUAAUUGGCUUCCGUAGAUGUAUUUUCUUCAUUUAAACUCAUUUUAUCCACUAACGUGACAUUUAAACGGGUUUGAAAUUUUGAAAAUCUUUUCUUUUUGCUAAGACUUAGAAGAGAAGUUAAUAUCUCUCUAACGUCUGAUGUUACAGCCAACAAAUGACCUGCCUCAUAAGCUUCCCAGAACCCUAAGGCUGCACACAUUAUCUUUAAUGUGAUCUUGAGUAUAUUUUAUCAAAUAUUUCAUGUCGCAUUCAGAUUUUGCAGCCUGCUUCAGCUUUCAGUUUCAGUCUAUUCAUCUCAAGUUUUCCAAUAAGUAUUUAUUUAAAGCUAAAGUUUUGCUGUCAAACAAAUCCAAGAUGUCAGCAUCCGGUUACUGAAUUUUUUGGACGAAGCCAUCAUAAAACAGCUCACAUUUGGCUUCAGAAAAAAGAGGUUAAAUUUAGCUGUAUGCCAAGUCUUUUUUUGUCAAAAGGGAUUGUUGCUGCUACUUAAACCAUUUAAAUCACAGAAGUUCACAGUUUGCCGGAUGAGUUUCAGAGCUGGCUGAUACAGAAAAUGCAGAUGUGUUAAGGGUUGAGCUGCCUUUGUGUUACUGCAGUCAGGCUUCAAAUGAGUACUCAUCUAUUCAUUCAGAGAACUGUUAAGAACUGAUGCAGUGAAAUUAGGGUAGCAGAUGAUGAAAUAUCCUGAUUUAUUUAUAACUUAAACAACUUCAACUGUAUUAGAAGGAGGCCAUUUGAUUUUUUCCUACUUUAAUUUUUUCUAAGUAACAAUUAAAUUCAAAGCUAUAUAACAGAAUAAGCAGAAAAUGAAUGCAUGAAUUACCAACCAGAGACCUCUUGCUGUUAUCUUCUAAGUUUGGAGCUGCAAUUUUGUUCAGAAACAGGAACUAAACUAAACUACAUUUAAUUUCCUCAUGCCGUCAAGCACAAAUAACAUAAAUACGUAUGUGUCUGCAGUUACCUCUCAGAUUUUCAGUGGGCUCAGUGGUUUCUAUUUCAGAAAGAGAGAAAAUGUAAGUAGGGGGAGCAGCUUGCCCCAACAUGAUCUUCCACUGUCUCCACUGGACAACCCAUAGCAGUGAAUUUUAUGUGAAGCUCCUCUUUCUGCCAGGGAUGGCCAAUUGAAUGUGGCACAAAGGGAAAGGACAGUGGUUUGAACCAAUUGAUAUGAUGAUAAUGUUGUUGUAUCUGGUCAACGGUAGCACAAGUCAGUGUCUCAGCUGAGACAUAUGUCCACACCCUUUUAUGGGCUCAGAUAUGACUGAGUCAUUUGUCAGAGUCAAUAUUUUUCUUGUUUUAUAUGUCGGAACAUCCUGUUUUGUUUGCCUAUAAAGAAUUAGCUUCUCAGUCCUGUUGCUGUGAUAACCAUGAUACGUCCCAGAGAGGGUUAUAAGGUCAUCAGACACUUUAAAUUCUCUCCAUGUACUGCUUUGAUUUGUAAAAAUGUUACUUUAAUUAUGCUGACAUUAACACAUGCAGCAUAUUUUAUUGUGUUUGUCUCUAUCAGACAUCCAAAUCUAAAAAAAAAAAAUCCCACAACACAACCGUGCCUGAGCGACAUCCUGUCGACUUGUCUCCUUGUGCAGACUCACUGCCCUGCUCAUCCUAUGAUGCAGCCGUUUAUACAUUUUUAUCCUUCCAUUUUUAAUGAUGUGGACGCCCAUUUUUUACGUACAUAACCGCCGUGUUUGUGAAUGGUAUCAUGCAGUGUUUUGAAGUUGUACUCUUUUGCUUUAGUAUAUGAAGCCUUAACUUCCCAUCAUGCCUCAGUGUUUCAUGUCCAUUACCAAAGUGCUAUGACACGCUGCCUUUAGUGACGGUGCUAAAAGAUAUUGACAGGAUAAUAGAGAGGGGUGACAACUAGUGCAGAGCAACAAGUCCGGCAGUGCUGUGUGUGUGUGUUUACUACUCCAACAAACUGGACGGGGCACUCUUUACCUCCCAUCUCAUGUAGAUAUCUCAGGCUUUUUAGCAACCUUCAUGCUCCUUAACAAAGGGAUUCAUUUUUCUAUGUUGGCUUUUUUGCUACCUGAUGUCCUUUUUAUACAUGUUUCUGAAGAGAUGAAAAAUGGAAAUAUCUUUUAUGUUAUAAAAUAAGAAAUUAACUGUUGACCAAGUCAAGUACAGAUUGCACAAAAAAAGAAGGGAACUGUUAAGGAGAUUAUUUCAUUUAGAUAUUGUAUCCUUUGUCUCAUGUAUGCAUGAACAAAUGUUGAUCAAGAACUUGCAUAUCUACUUGGUUAUUUUUUUCAAGAUGUGUCCCUCUCUGUUAGUUUUUAUUGUACUGGGAAUAAUAUGUUAAUGUGGAUAAGGAACGUCUUUUAAACUUCAAAAACUAUUUUGACAGUUUAUACAAUAUAUGUUAAAUAUUUCAUCAAUAAAAAAAUAUUUGAACGUCA